GGAACGCAGAGAAUCUGGUAUCAUUGAAGCGCUCAACGAGUAUCUCUCGGAGCUCGCAUACGGUCUCAAACGAUCCCCGCGCAACAGCAGCAGUGACCAGCUUGAGCACUGGCCUUCACUUCUGAGACACAUGCCAACCUUUUUGUUUGAAGCCAUUCAGAGUAGGUCGUGUCGCUCCGCAAUCAUGUUCAAUGACGAACUUGAUCAUCAACAAAUGGAAAACCUCGUCCACGCGCUCGGUUAUUGCCAUUUGCCAUUUCAAUGCGCUCAUGGUAGACCAAGUCUCCAUUCAUUAAUGGUCUUUCAAGAGGCCUACAACUUCGAUCCUUAAGAACAAUGGCGGAGGAGCAAGGGAAGAAAAAGCUAGUUUAUUUUGUGUGACGUCCCUAAUAAUCUACCUUCAGCUUCCGUUUAAGAUUCCUUGUGCUGAUUCACAGCAUCAUUCCAGAACAACGUUUUGUCGCC